CGCCCACAACUCUCUCCUUGGUCCUUUCUUUACGCAACUUCCACCUAAAGAAGCAUUGAGAGUGAAACACAUUUAUAUAAUUAUAUCAACCACAUUACACGCAUUCCAUUCCAAACAUAAGAAAAGAAACACAAGCAAAAUGGGAGCAUCUCACAAAUGGUUAAGAAUUGUUCGCAGCAAGUUCCUAAGAUCAUCCAACAAAGACAAAAUAAUCCUCCCUCCUCGUACGAGUGUUUGCACUAAUCAAAGCGAGCUACCCAUACUCAAAGAUGUUGCAACCAACUCUACCACCACGGAAAACUUCACCAAUUUGCCAAUACCACCAACCUCUUCGGCCAGGACGUUCCCCAAAGAGCAGAUUGCGGCAAUUAGGAUUCAAGCUUACUUCAGGGGUCAUCUCGCAAGAAGAGCAUAUGGGGCUCUGAGAAGCCUGGUGAAGCUGCAAGCAUUGGUUCGUGGGGUGUGUGUGAGGAGACAAUCACGUAUAGCGAUGCAGUGUAUGCACGCACUAGUUCGUUUACAAGUCAGGAUUCGUGCAAGGCAGUUACUUGGUGGGAUUGAUUGAUAAUGAAUGAAAUGGCACCAGAAAUGCUGGUAAAGUUCAUUAUCAUAAGAUCUGCCUCUUAAUUGAUUUUGUGAAGAGUGAAUUUGGGUGAAGAGUAGAUUAAUAAUGAAAAAUAUAUUAGAGUGCUAACCUACUAGUGCCAAACUUCUCUACUGGAUAUGCACAUAAGGAUUAAUGAACAGGUUCGAACGCAAACAUGAUUUCAGGUGUAUCAAGGUACUGAGAAGCUGAAAUUUGAGGCAUAAAGUUUAGAUUGGAUUGGAGAAAUAUAAAUUCGAGUUCAAAGAAAAUCUUAGCACAUACUUUUGUCCAUGGAAAUAUGGAAUGUAGGUGCUAUUGUCUUUGACCUGCUCAAGUUAUUUUCUUUUCUUUUCUUUUAGCUAGGGAUAUGUUUAAUGUUACGAACUGUUUUUGCAGAUAAAUCUUUUUUUUUGGUUAAAUCUUUAUGUACAUAUGUUAUGACCAGCUUGACCCACCAUUUUUUCUGUUAAACAGGGAUGUGAUUUCAA